AUGCAAGACAGCUUGCGAGAAGAUGACGGUACUUUUGCAUUUCGACUUGAGCGCUGGCAGGACACCCAGCUUAAGGCAGUCGGCGCUAUCAGAAGUAAGCUCGGCAAAAACGCCGACGAACUCGCGAAGGACUUUAACGCCAACAAGAGCCAGCCCGAUACGGUUAAAAACCUUAUCAGCAGAUUGGAGGCCCAUUUUAAGCCAACAGGAAACGCCGUCUUUCAGCUCCUCCUCCAGAAACUUCCUACAACCACAUUCGCCAGCAGCAAUGACAGCGUUACGACCUUUUCGGAACAGUUUAGGGAAUACAGAACUGAUUUGGAGUCACUCGGUAAACCUGGCAAGCUGAAGAUCCCGGAUGCCAUCAUUCCUCAUUUGUUUCCUAAUAGCCUUGGCGAACGCUACAGGCCAUUCCUGAUAGCAUUUUUCCAGUUAAACAGCUUCCUUGAGAUUAACGCUGCUGACGGAACGGAAAUCCCUGCUGUUACCUUCGAUAAGGCCCUUAUCGCUGUAGAAUAA